GGCGGGCGGGGCGGGGCCGGCGGGAGCAGCUGGAGCCUCAACCGCCUGGGAGCCGGGGCUCGCGCGCACCAGGGACUUAUCUGGGCAAAGGGGGUAGCAUCUGCCCUCCAGCGACCCCGGCAGCCAGCAGCGGGAGGCAGCCCAGCACUCCCCAGUCCCAUCCCAGCAGUGCCCAAAGCUAUUCCCCGAAGGAGCGGAGGUGCUCCCACCCAAGGCUACCCAGGCGGAUCGUCCGCAUCGUCCCGAACCCGAGCUCGCGUCCGCCCCGCGUCUCCAGUCUCUCUGUCCUUAGACCUUCCGACGCACCCUGGCAUGCGAGGCUCCUUCAUUUUACGCCAGUAGUAACCUUGACUAAAAGGAAAGACUUUAACAUGUCGUCGGAAUUUUGGCUGAUUUCUGCCCCUGGAGAUAAGGAGAAUUUGCAGGCUCUGGAACGGAUGAACACAGUAACCUCCAAGUCUAAUCUAUCCCACAACACAAAAUUUGCCAUUCCUGACUUCAAGGUGGGGACCUUGGAUUCUCUUGUUGGUCUCUCAGAUGAGUUGGGGAAACUUGAUACCUUCGCUGAAAGCCUUAUAAAGAAGAUGGCUCAGUGUGUAGUAGAAGUUAUGGAAGAUGCAAAAGGCAAAGUUUAUGAGAACCUGUUGGCCAAUGGAGUUGACUUAACUUCUUUUGUGACCCGAUUUGAAUGGGACAUGGCCAAGUAUCCUGCCAAGCAGCCGCUUGUGGUCGUAGUGGACACAUUGGCAAAGCAACUGGCACAAAUAGAAACAGAUCUGAAAGCUCGAACAGCUGCCUACAACACUCUGAAAGGAAAUCUGGAGAAUCUGGAAAGGAAAUCCACGGGAAAUCUCUUCACUCGGACAUUAGCUGAUAUUGUGAACAAAGAAGAUUUUGUGCUUGAUUCAGAGUAUCUCAUCACUCUCCUGGUGAUAGUUCCAAAGCCAAACUAUUCACAGUGGCAAAAAAGAUAUGAAUCUCUCUCAGACAUGGUUGUACCUCGAUCAACCAAAUUGAUUGCUGAAGAUGAUGAGGGAGGCCUCUUUACAGUCACGAUGUUUCGGAAGGUGAUCAAUGAUUUCAAAGCCAAAGCCAAAGAAAACAAGUUCAUUGUCCGUGAAUUUUUCUAUGAUGAAAAAGAAAUUAAAUCUGAAAGGGAAGAGAUGACUAAAUUGCUCUCUGAAAAGAAGCAACAGUAUCAAACUUCACGUGUUGCUCUUAAAAAGAGAUCAUCCACCUUCCCGGAUCACAUGGUUAAAAUGACCCCAGUAGGGAACCCUUCUAGGCCCUCUACGGGGCAUACGGACAAAGAAAAAGAGAAUGAGGGCGAGGGUGAGGGUCCCCUUUUGCGGUGGCUGAAGGUGAACUUCAGUGAAGCAUUUAUUGCCUGGAUUCACCUGAAGGCUUUGAGAGUAUUUGUUGAAUCUGUGCUAAGGUAUGGACUACCCGUGAAUUUUCAGGCAGUGCUUUUACAACCCCAUAAGAAGGCCACAAAACGUUUGAGAGAGGUUCUAAACUCGGUCUUCAAACACCUGGAUGAAGUAGCAGCAGCAAGUAUAUUGGAUGCUUCUGUGGAUAUUCCUGGAUUACAACUAAAUAACCAAGAUUAUUUUCCUUAUGUCUACUUUCACAUUGACCUUAGUCUUCUCGACUAGUUUUUAACAGCCCGGUAACUCUAGAAAUUGUUUUAUUUCAUCAAAUUAAACUUUAGGUGCUGUCUUCUCUAAGUUAAAGAACUGUUACAAAAUUAACUUCAGAAUAGCAAUUACUUUUUAAAAAAAUGGCCUACAAUUUAGAAUGUUACCACAAAAAUUACUCACAAAAAUUAGUUAUGGUUGUAUUUAUUUUUUGUAAGUUACAAUAAAGAAAAGCUCCCAUGUCUUUAAA